UGAUUAUAUAUCCUGGACAAUGGCAAAAUGCACAUACACCAGCCACUGCUGCUCGUACCUUGAGGCUGCGAUGAAGACACUAUCCAUUGAUGGCCAGUGAUGAAAUAGGCUACACGCUGACAAGUACUGAGGGCAACAACAAUAAGAGUGACACAGACAGUCGUGGCAGCCGCUUGUUUAGUGUUCCCGUCUCCAAGAGCAAUCGACCACAACCGCACGCUGAGAGGAUCUCCUCCGCAAUCAGGCACUCUUCUCCGCAUUGCUACCCAAGGACGCUGGCUCGGAGAUGGGCUGCUCCUCCGGCCGUCAGCACCCCGCCGCGGUCCUUCACCAAGACUUGGAGUGCGGGAGCGGGGAUGCCGACAGGCUACCACAGGACUCGGAGAACCAGGGUUUAAAUGACUCUGGAGGUGUCGAGAGGAGAGACCAAGGCAAACCACCAGCGUCUCUGCCCACCCUGGAGCGGCUGGCUCAGGCUACAGGCGGCACAGAAAAGUCCUGGUACCGCUGCGUGUUCCCCUUUGGGGUCAUCUCACUGGUCAUUGGGAUGGCGGGCACAGGGGUGACAUUCGCCUAUAAUACUCUGCUCCAGACCAAAGUGGUGUCGGUGGCGCUGCUUUGUGUCGGUGUUUUGAUGCUGCUGGUGGCCGCAGUUUGCUGGAGGGCGCAGAGGCUGAGGAGGAGAAAAAAGAAGGACGGUGGUUUCUUCACCGCGGAUCUGGGUACUUUGUGAUGGUGGGAAGUGCGGGGAGACUGUCAACUGCAUGGACAGAAGACAUGACGUCAGUAGAAGUUGACACUGUAGUAUCAUCACCUCUCAUCCUGGAUACUUACAGUAUAUAACUGUAGCCCUUUUCACACUACCUGUAAAAGCUGACCUUUUCCCUCCUUUUUCCCAUGUCGGUGUCUGUAUAAACGACGCUGAUGAGGAAAGGAGGUAGUCCGAGUUGAGACAGCAGUUCUGCGGUAGUCUAAGAGCCUUAACAUAGGUGCCUCCUGUGCAUCAGGGCAAUGGCGGGACCAGAAUGUGAAGUGUAACACUGCCCUGUUUGUGUUGUUUGACAAAUACUUUAUCUGUCACACCAGCAGCUAAUUAUAUGUAGCUGUGUGAAAGCGCACACAGUUGCGGAAAUAUCCAACCGAGCAGCAUUCCCUACCAAAUUGCGACCAAAUAAGAUUUCUGUACAAAACAUUAAGGCGAUUAUGGAUCGCUGGGUUCUGAAUUCCAGGUCUUCUGUAUGAAAGACACUGAUCGAUAAAUGCCGGAUGCUCUGCUUUGAUGAGUUCUGUAUGAAAAGGUACAGACAAAUAAAUUACAAAUCUUCAGUUUUGCAUUAGUUUGCAGUAAAGAUAGUUGAAUGCCAAAUACUACACUUCUUUGCAACAGUCUGUAUGAAAGGCACAGGCGGAUAAAUGGUGGAUCUACUGUUUUGCUGGGUUUUACAGUGGAGAGUAUAUAAAAAGAUGGAUAAAUGACAGAUCUUUAAUUUAGAUUUAUUCUGUAUAAAUGGAGCAGACAGAUUCCCCUGGGGGGUUUUUAUCAAUGGAAAUUUAAUGGUCUCCAAAUGUCGGGGAAAUGUAGUCGAGAUUCCCAUCUCAGGAAUAAUUACUAUUAUUAGGGCCCUCUUCAAACUGCUGUUUAUUAUUAUUAUUCCACAACUUUCUUCCUUUUUUGAGGGCCUUAACAUGAAUGAAAACUCACCAAAUUGUGUCUAGUGUGGCAGGUUUGGAAAAUUAUUUGAUAUUUCAGGGGUCCCAAAACCUCCAAAACUCACUCCGUAGCCUUUAAACUUUGAAAAAAAUGAUCCCCCUGUGACCAGUUUCACAAAAUUUGGUGGUGACAUCAAUCAUGGCAAGAUGCACCAAAAAGAGUUCCAAACCAAAUUUCCAUCUGGAAUUUUGGCUGAAAACCAGGGGUCCUAGUUCAACAAACUAGUCUUAGGCACUUUGACCAAAUGAACCCAAUAAAUAUCAUGGAUACUCGUGGAAACGGGCACUUUUUUGGCACUAACUGCGUUAAUAAUCAGUUCCACAAGGUCAGAUCUUCAUUGUAUUUGGUACAAUGGUACAUAUGAUGAAGACGCCACCUUGAAGCUAUACAUAGGUGCCCUCCGACUCACAUGAACCCUGAGUUCCUGGGGGUGUGAGGGCCUAUUCAACGUUGCUCACAGCUUUAUUUUGUUUUUAAUUAUUGUCUAACUAUUGUUAGAUAUAUUAUGAAUUAUGCUGUGUCAUUUUAUCUCCGUAGACUUAUAUUGAAAACUAGUUUUUGAACAUAUUCAAUAAUAUUCCUAAGAUUAUUAAGUGGUUGGAACCACCAACAUAUACUGCCUGGAAGAAAAUUGGUUUGUUCUCGCUAAAUUAAAUCUCCCUAGCUGGUGAAUAACAGAAAAUUUGUUUGGAAAAAAAAACAAAUGAUCCUCAUGUGGACACCCUAUAAAUGCAUCAUACUCCUUAGGUCAACAAUUUGCCUUCUUGUCGUCAAGCUUUGUUGGGGAUAACCACGAUCCAGUUGUGUAGAAUCAAUAGAAAAUCACCAUUCUGUGAAAUAUUAAGCCUCUGAAGGGAUUGUAUUCACUUCCUGCAAAUGAAAUUGCUUUGCCUGCUCUUGGCCCUCUUGACGUUGACCCUUUCAUUUUAUGACAAGCAAAUCCCAUUCCACACAUGCCUCGGUGAACACAAAGCACCAAAGGGAGCAGAAAAAAGUCCAUGACAAAGCUUCAUCCUUCAUGACUAUUCUCUUGAUCCUUGCUAAAUCAAACAAGCAACUCCCAUUGGCAUUUAGGUAUGAGCAUGGAAGGAAAAUCCAUUCAACCUUUCCCCAAAGAAGAAAGGAUUCACACUAGUGUUUGUUUGGAUGACACAUGGUACUUCGUGCAUUAUAGAUGUGGUGCCAUUUGUGAAAAAUGCACUCGUCCUGGCUAGUGUCCUUUCUUGAAUACUUGUACAGUGGAAUGUCCAAAACCAAGAUGUGCUAGCGGAGCCAACAUGUAGCAUGUAGGUUAGCCAAUGUAAUGCGAAUCAUCGUGAUGUAAUGAUGGCUUUUUGGCAGCAGGCGAGACCCAGCAGAUUUCAGUCAGCUGUAGCAACGUAUUUGAUUGGUCAUUGCUUUGAUUAAAUGUUAACUGGGCGUCACGUGUGGUCCUUUUAUUGUUGUUUUUUGUUUGUUUGUUUUUUUGCAUGGAGUAAAAUCUCUUGUUCUAAUGUGGA